CUCUUUUCCUCAACACAAGCCCAAAACACAAGGCUAAAAGAGUAAACUCACAGCAUACCCACACUUCGAGGAAUGAGAUUUCAUUUCUAAAAGCACUCCAAAAUUCGCACAUUCCACACUUACCCCUCUUUUCCGCAACACAAGCCCAAAAUGCAGGGCUAAAAGAGUAAACUCACAACAUAUCCACACUUGGAGGAAUGAGGUUUCUAUCUUUAAAGGCACUCCAAAAUUCGCACAUUGCAGAUGCGGCCCUCACUGAGGCAAAAGCAAAGCAAAGCACAGAAUCCGGGGCUCCUUUGAUGCUAAAAUAAGCCGACUCUCGUUCUAUCGUGCGCCACCACAUAUGGGAGGAGAUGUAACCGUAUCGACCAUCGCUGCUGCCACUGCCAUGGCUACUGGUAACGUCGUCGGCGGUGGCAUGGCGGAGCCGCAGUACGUGGCGGCGAAGACGUCUGUUUGGUGGGACAUUGAGAACUGCCACGUGCCUAAAGGUUGCGACCCGCACGCGAUCGCGCAGAACAUAAGUUCGGCGCUAGUGCAGAUGAAUUAUUGCGGUCCUGUUUCCAUCUCCGCCUACGGCGACACCAAUGGGAUACCGUCGUCUGUCCAGCAGGCGCUGUCCAGCACCGGCGUCGCCCUCAAUCACGUCCCUGCUGGUGUGAAAGAUGCUAGUGACAAAAAAAUUCUAGUUGAUAUGCUGUUCUGGGCAGUGGACAACCCUGCUCCUGCAAAUUAUCUGUUGAUUUCGGGUGAUAGGGAUUUUUCUAAUGCUCUUCAUCAGUUACGCAUGAGGAGAUAUAAUAUUCUUUUGGCACAACCACAAAAGGCAUCAGCACCACUUAUUGCUGCAGCUAAGAGUGUAUGGCUUUGGACAAGCCUUUCAGCUGGAGGGCUGCCUCUAUCAAGUGGUGAAUCAUCUAAGCUUGCUAACAGUCCAAGUACCUUGAAUCCUGAAAUGUCAUAUAACCCAGUUCCUCAAAUUGUUGAACAUAGCCAACCAAUGGUUUCCAAUUCUGAAAGCUCUCCUUUUGGAAAUCAAAAUUCUUCUACCCAUGGAAGGAAUGGGGAUAACAAAAAUAAAGGGAAACAUGUUCGGAAAACUCCAAAUCAACCAAGCGUAUCUAGAGUCUCAAGUGUGCCAAUUACCACUCAAGAAAAUAAGAAAAAAAGUUCCUCUUACCAGCUAGAUCAUGCACAAGCAAAACCAUUUAUGAAAGCACCGCAUGAGUUCUUCGGUGGCAGUGAGCCUGCUGUUUCUGCUAGUAAGUCUACUCCCAGUUUCUUUCCUAGCAAUGGUGAUCUGUCCAAGAGUAAUGGCAAUAAUUUCAUGGGAGUUCUUCGUAAUCCUCAUCCUUCACAACCUACUGUUGUGCCAGAUAAUCUUCUACCUCCUAGUUUUCAACAUCCUGCUUUUCACCCAAUGCCUCCUAGAGUGGAGGGCCCUAGAUUUCCCACACCCCCACUCCAAAAUAUGCCUGAUUUUGCUAAGCUUAGUAUGUCUGAAUAUCCCAACUAUGCUCAACACCCUUCUAACUUCCAUCAUCCACGUGUAGAGGAGUUCAAAACAAGCUCUAUUGAGUUGCCAAAUCAACCUGUUCUUAGUGUACCACAGAAGAAGCGGAGCCAUGUGCGUCCCAGUGGCCAUGCAGUUCAGCAUGAUCCUUUUAAUCGUAGGCAUUUCCGUGGUCCUGAUUUUCAACCACCAUCAUCCUCUGUGGUUGGUAGUACUCCUAAUAAUGGUAGCUGGGGAACUCAAGGAUGUUCACCACCUUCUGAAUAUGUGCAAGGCCUUAUUGGUGUUAUCUUACUUGCUUUAAACACACUCAAGAAUGAGAAAAUUAUGCCUACUGAAGCAAACAUAAUUGAUUGCAUUCGUUAUGGAGAUCCAAAACACCAGAAUACAGAUGUAAGGAAGGCUUUGGAUAAUGCAAUUGAGCAACAUAUGGUAGUGAAGCAAACUUUAGGUGAGGUGCAAAUGUAUGUUGGUAGAAACGAGAAACUAUGGCACUGUGUGAAUCUUAAAGGCGGCAAUCCUAAUCAGUAUCCAAAGAAAACAUGGAAUAAAAUACAAAAAUUCUUGAUUUCUCCGAUAGGAAAAUCUGCAAUGUUGGCUUCUCGGUGCAGAUAUGAAGCUGCUUUGGCUCUAAAAAAGGCAUGCUUGGAAGGACUUGCCUUGGGUGAUGUUCUCCAGAUCUUGAAUAUAAUAGUUGCAGUGAAGAAAUGGAUUAUUAGUCAUCCAUCAGGAUGGCAACCUAUUACAAUUACCCUUGCAGAUACUAAAACUGAAACAGAUACUGGAGUGGUUGCUUGACCUAAUGAAGGUAAGUUUUAGUACUAGAAAGUGGCUCUAAGGUUGUGAAGCAAAGGUGAUUUUGAAGGAUCUACAAUUACAUAUUAUCUAGAAAGCUACUGGCAGCUGGCAAGUUUUGCUUUGUAAGAUGAACUAGGUAGGUUUUUCUGGCUUCUCUGUUUCCUUUUUAUCUUUUAAUGUUUUCUGGGAACCUUGUUGUGUGUCUUCUGAAUAAAAAGAACCCAUCUGGGGGGGAGGGGGAGAGCAUGAAGAAGCUUAAGACUGAAGGACAUGUUGGAGAAUAUGUAAAUUUUCUGGAGAAGGGUCAGAGUAGCAAGAAAGUGGCUUCCAUCUGUCUACUCUUGGAAGGUUGUUUGUGGCUGCACUAUUAACUAUGUUGCUUCAAUGCUCUACUACCCAAAAAAGUUAGGGCCAUACUUCUACCCAGCAUGAUAUGUUCAUGGAAGAGUGUCAAUCUUUUGUUUCAGUCUGUGAUUCCUCAGGCAGGUUAAUCUCCAGUAACCAGGAUAUUAGUACCUUCUUCAGUAUUUCUGCAGUAUAAUAUGUUUUGCAGACUUGUUAAGCUACAAAGCUCUUGCAUGAGAGUUCAAUUGGAGAUUAGCUGAGGCUUAAAGGUCUUGAUUUGCAAGUUCUUUUAGUUACUAUGGCAUGGGACUUGAUAUUUUCCUUGAUGGACUGAAGGAAAAAGCAGAAAAGAAAAGCAUGUGGAUGUUAAUGAAGCUGUGGAGUUAUUUCUGCAUUUCUUUUGUUUGUGCAUGUCGCUGUAGCUUGCCUAUACAAUCAAUACAUGAAUGUGAAGGAGCUAUACUCGUGUCUACAACUUUUUAUUACCUAAAUAGAUCUAUAUAACUUUGUAUUACCUAAAUAGAUCUAUUGUAUAAUUCAAAGUUUCCCCUUUUUUAUCAUGGAACUGUUGGAUGAUUGUUUUGCCAUUCUUCCGCUUGCAAGAAAAACAUAAACCCCAA